AUGUUUGAUCCGGCCUGGUUAAAGAAGCCUCCGCCGAUCGUGGAUGAUACCGAGGACGAGGAGCGGGCAUAUAUUCUCGAGCCAAAGAUUCCACUGCACGAGCCCAAACCAACAUUUUGCCCACGUCAUCCUACAGUAGAGCAUCUGUACGACAUUCCCAGUGCCCCCAUCUGCACUCGCAUCGUACCGGAGCGAUGCACGGAAACGGGAAAAGUGUUGGAUUUCAUCGAAGCGCAGGUGCAGAAUGCCGGUUCGAAUGCUAAAAACUCCAUGUCACUGCAGCGCGAACCGACCGAGUCGCUCGAUUCGGCACGCGGCUCGGCCUCGAACUUUCCGUUCUGGCCCGGUGGGUUUGAUGAGCCCGAAACCGUGCUGGCAAAGCUGCAGAGAAGCGAUAGUCCUAUGUUUGAGAUGAACCUGAAGACGUGCCCCCCGGGAUUUUCGAACGGAAUUGAGUUUUCCCAAAGCCGCACACAGGGUGGCUACAAUCCGGGUGGUACCGGGGUUGUCGAUCUACUGUCGGCGAUCGACGAUGACGAUGGAUUCGAGCUACUAUCGGAGGAUCAAAAGAAAAAUGCCGCUAUCGUCGGGUCGGCGAAAGAUACUGUUGGCGUGCCAAAGGCCACCCCUAUGACGUUGGAAGAUGAGAGUCUUCUGGUGGUGGAAAAGGAACGUUCCGUGGAUCAGGUGCUUAAAAUUGGGGCACUUAACCUGAAUCGCAGCGCUCAGUCGGCCGAGUGGGCCGAAAUGCUCGACAUCUCAAAGCCGGUCGACGAUUUCUACGUGAAAGUACCAGUAAUGGCCCAUCGGUUUCCGUUCGAGCUGGACAUAUUCCAAAAGCAAGCAAUCCUGAAGCUAGAAGAGCACAGCCACGUUUUCGUAGCAGCACACACAUCCGCGGGAAAGACGGCUGUGGCGGAGUAUGCGAUCGGUCUCUCAAAGAAACACAUGACCAAGAGCAUCUACACGUCGCCAAUUAAGGCGCUGUCGAAUCAAAAGUAUCGCGACUUUAAGGCUACCUUUCAGGAUGUGGGGCUCAUCACGGGCGACAUACAGAUCGAUCCAACCGCAUCUUGCCUUAUCAUGACGACGGAGAUCCUCCGCUCGAUGCUGUACUGUGGCAGUGACAUAACGCGUGACCUCGAGUACGUCAUCUUCGACGAGGUACACUACAUCACCGACUCCGACCGCGGUCAUGUUUGGGAGGAGGUGCUAAUCCUGCUACCGGACCACGUGUGUAUCGUAAUGUUGAGCGCCACCGUACCAAACACAUUGGAGUUCGCCAACUGGGUGGGCAAGACGAAGAAGAAACGCGUGUACGUGGUAAGCACGGCCAAGCGGCCCGUUCCGCUCGAGCACUAUCUGUAUACCGGGUUUGGGGGAAAAUCCAAGAACGACUCGUUCCUGAUCGUCAACGAGCACAGCCAGUUCGUGGGCGAAGGUUUCGCAAAGGCCAAGGAAAGCAUCGAGGCAAAGUCGAAUGUUCAUCAGCGCCCGGGCAAGUAUUCCCAGCGACAGGAGCAGACACUAUGGGUUGGACUGAUCGACCACCUGCAGAAGAAGGAGAAACUUCCAGUGGUGGCGUUUACACUCUCGCGAAACCGAUGCGACAACAAUGCCGAAGCGCUUUCGUCCUGCGACCUUACGACGGCUCGGGAGAAGUACGCCAUCACGAACUUCUUCCAGCAGUGCCUACAGCGGCUUAUUCCGGCCGACCGGGUGCUUCCACAAGUACUACAGAUCCAGCAUUGCCUCGAGCGGGGCAUCGGCGUGCAUCACAGUGGCAUCCUGCCCAUCCUCAAGGAGAUCGUGGAGAUGCUGUUCGCCCGUGGUCUCGUGAAGAUACUGUUCGCCACGGAAACGUUCGCCAUGGGCGUCAAUAUGCCGGCCCGCACGGUCAUCUUCGACAGUACGCGUAAGUUCGACGGGUCAUCGAUGCGCACGCUGCAACCGUCCGAGUACACGCAGAUGGCAGGUCGUGCCGGUCGCCGAGGCCUCGAUAAGACCGGUACGGUGAUGAUAAUUUGCAAGCGUGACCUACCGAGUGAGUUGGAACUGCGCACGAUGAUCCUGGGCAAACCUGUCCGACUGGAGUCACAGUUUCGGUUAACGUACGCGAUGAUACUGUACCUGCUGCGGGUGGAGCUUGUGACAGUGGAGAACAUGAUGCUCCACAGCUUCCGCGAGUUUGGCAAACGGCAGCAGAUGCCGCAGAGUAAGCUCGAGCUGAGCAAGGUGGAGGAGAAGGUAUCUGCGCUGAGCAAACUUGGCGAUCAUCUGAAACCUCUGUGUCAGUUUUACGAUGCGGCGCGAGAGUAUAUCGAUAUUUGGCAUCAGCUGGUGCCGCACCAACUAUGUCAACAAAAAGUGCUUAACGACAUCAAACCGGGCCGGGUGCUGAUCGUAACGGACAAAGAUCACUACAACAAGUUAGCGGUCGUGCUGUCGAUCUCACUGCAGUCGUACCGAGAGGCGAAACUGUCCGUGCUAGUGCUCGAUCAUCAAACUACAUCUACGAAUCAGCCAAAUCCUAUGGAACAACCGACACCAGCCCUCGAUCGUGGUCCCCUUUGGCACCGAAUGCUAGCCCUCGCGGCGCACUAUCAGUGCUUCGUUCCCGGUGGAUUCGGUGGCCAUCGGGUGCUUCCGAUCGGGCUCGUCAACGUGAUGGCCGUCACGAAGCACAUCGUGCGUUGCGACGAACGGAAAAUACUGCAAAACUGGGAAACCCGCCAAAUACCGCGCUUCCGCGAUACGCCUCCCUCACCGGCCACACUGCAGGCCGUGGCCACGCUGAACGAAAUAAACACCAUGGUCCUAUCGUUCGGUGGUCCGUACUCACUCGAAUCGAUCACACUCGAGUGCAAACUGGAACAGCUCGAUCUCUCGAAGGCACUGUCGGCAGCCGGGUUGCACGUGUCCCAGUAUACACCGUACACGAACAUUGCCAACUUCGAGCACGAGUUUGCGAUCGUGUACGAUCGGAAGCAACUAGAGCGCAAGCUGGACGAUCUGAAGUUUCAGGUGUCGUACGAGAGUUUAUCGCUCUAUCCGGACUACUGUCGGAAGCUACAGGUGCUACAGGAGCUGAACUACAUCGGUGAAAUGCAGCAAGUCGCGAUAAAAGGGCGCGUGGCGUGUGAGAUGGGACAGAAUGAACUGAUGAUAACGGAGCUGGUGAUGCGCAACAUAUUGACCGAUCUUCAACCGGCGGAAAUUGCUGCUCUUCUCUCGAGUCUGGUGUUUCAGGCUAAAACAGAAAACGACCCGAAGCUGACAGAAACACUGAAAACGGGUGUCGCACAGUUCAAGGAGGUGGAAAAUGAUAUUCAGCGCGUCGAACGGCAGCACGGUGUGACCGAUGCGCCCCGCAAGGAGGAGCUUAACUUCGGCCUGGUGGAGGUCGUGUACGAGUGGGCUUGCAAUAAGCCGUUCGCCGAAAUUAUGGUCCUCACCGACGUCAAGGAGGGAAUCAUCGUGCGGUGCAUUCAGCAGCUGAACGAAACGCUGUGCAAUGUGAAAGACGCGGCCCGUAUUAUUGGUGACCCGGUGCUGCACAUUAAGAUGGAGGAAGCAUCGAAUGCCAUCAAGCGAGACAUUGUGUUUGCCGCCAGUUUGUACACUUCCGGUACGCCAAUCGUUAUUGGGGAGGUUUCAGGCCCGGUCUGAGUUUAUAACCAACGCCACCGAGAGUCCCCAUAGACUGACUAUCCAUGUACGCAAAGGUAAAAAGUCUGGUAAUCUUUCUGGCGCUAUCGUUGUUUUUAAUAAAUGCUUUAAGGCAUACAAUGGCAAAGAAAUGUGUGAGAAGUUAUAUUUUAAAAGUAUUUUAUUGAAUAUAUAAUGGAAUACAAUGC